UGUAAGGCCUAAAUCACCAUAUCUAAGAGAGAACAAAGAGAAAAAAAGAAAGUGGGAAAACAACAAAAAUGGAAAUGGUGAAAGAUGAAAGCUGCAGAAAAGGUCCAUGGACAGAAAAAGAAGACAUGGUUUUGGUGAACUUUGUGCACUUAUUUGGGGACCGGCGAUGGGAUUUUAUUGCCAAAGUUUCAGGGUUGAACCGAACAGGGAAGAGUUGUAGGCUAAGAUGGGUUAAUUAUUUGCACCCUGGUCUUAAAAGAGGGAAGAUGACACCCCAAGAAGAAAAGCUCGUGCUUGAACUUCAUGCCAAAUGGGGGAAUAGGUGGUCGAGAAUUGCUAGGAGAUUACCAGGGCGUACGGACAACGAGAUCAAGAACUUUUGGAGAACUCAUAUGAGAAAAAUGGCUCUAGAAAAGAAGCGAUCCACGUCACCAUCAUCAUCAUCAUCAUCGACUGUCACUAGAGUCGAUUCAUUACCAUCAUCAGGUACUGGGAAGGUAAGUUUUUACGACACCGGUGGUCCAAAAAUGGCGGUUUUCGAUGAUAUUAAGGGAUACUCCAUGGAUGAAAUAUGGAAAGACAUUGAUAUGUCUGAAGGAAACACAACGAAACUGCCUUUGUCUGAAAAUUACAGUGAACAAGGUUGUUGUAAUCACUUUUCUUGCCCUUCAAUGGCUUCUUCUCCUCCAUGGGAUUUCAGUUGGGAUUAUUCAUUGUGGAAGAUGGAUGAUGAUGAUGAUGAUGACGAUGAAGAAGAGAGAAAGGUGUUCAUUGCAACAACUAAUAAUCAAUUAUUCAAUUUAUUUGUUCAUAAACCCUAAUAAUUAAACCUCUAAAAAAUGGGGUUCUCUCUAAGCUUAUAUAUAUAUAUAUCAUUGUUGUAGUUCAUUUCCUAGUGUUUUUGUGUGUGUGGUUUAAGUCCUCAUAGAGGAAAAAAAAGAGAGAGAGAAUCCUUUGUUAAAAAAUCUCUCUUUGAGGUGAUCACUUGUAUAAUUUUCAUAUGGAUGUACGUAUAUUACUCCUUUUAAUUUUAAAAUUUGAAUGAAACCAAGCUACCACCA